AUGGAUCGAGCUUUCGAGAAUCACGCAUCUUACAUUGGGCGGCCAGCCUCAGAGCUACCCACGCCAUCACUCAUUGUCGAUCUUCCAGUUCUAAAGAGAAAUGUCAAUACUCUACACGAGACCGUCGAGAAACUUGGGAUUGGCUUUCGGCCCCAUGUUAAAACUCUCAAGAUUCUAUACGGACUGCCAGUUUACCCAGGGGCGCUACAAGACCUCGUUAAGCUAAGAGAGAGCGUGCGAAUUCUGCUGCUAGUAGACAAUGAGGAUCACAUCGAUGUCCUUGAGAAGUCGGGCACCCAGCCCUGGGAUAUUUUCAUCAAGCUUGACGUUGGCUCCCGUCGUGCUGGUAUUCCGGCAAAUAGCACAGCCUUGACAAAACUGGUGGAACGUGCAGACAGAUCUUCAGCAGUGAACACUUCCGGUUUCUAUUGCCACGCAGGACACUCUUACGCCGGCAAGUCACUGGAAGAGGCCCAAAAGACGCUUGAAAUCGAAAUAUCGAGCGUUCUCAAUGCCGCGGCGCUGCUGCCUGCCGACCGUGCUCUAAUUGUUUCCAUUGGAGCAACUCCCACAGCCCAUGUUGUGCAGUACCUGAAAGCAAACGUCCCGUCAAAUGUGAAGGUCGAGCUUCAUGCAGGCAAUUUCCCCUGCAACGACCUACAGCAGGUGUCGACAGGGUUAGUUUCAGACUCUGACCAGGCAAUUCGCGUUGCUGCCGAAGUCUGUGGUGUUUAUGCAGAGCGAAACGAGGCUUUAGUGAAUGCCGGUGUCGUUGCUCUCUCUCGGGAAAGCAGUGGCUAUUCAGGGUUCGGCCGCGUCAUUGGGAAACCAGCUUGGGCUGUUGUGCGCUUGUCGCAGGAACAUGGAAUACUUGGGACAAACGAGAGUGCCCAAGUGUCUGAGAACUUCCAAAUUGGCCAAAGGGCAAACCUGUAUUGCAAUCAUUCGUGUAUCACUACGGCGGCGUUUUAUGUCUAUUUUGGUGUGGAUGAGAACGACAUCGUCCGGGAAGCAUGGAUCCCAUGGAAAGGUUGGUAA